CACGUGACUCCUCCCCCCUCAGAGCCUGACGCCAGCUCAGAAGAGUCGGCUUCCACCGGAGAGGAGCAGGAGACCGAGACUCCUCCGGCCACUUCCAGCGAGACCGAGCAACCAAAAGAGGCCGAAACCGACGAGGAGAAGAAGACCGACGGCCCAGUGACGGAGGAGGACAAGAAAAAUGGGGAGAAGGAACAGUAAAAGGAGAAGGAGAAGAAGGUGAAGAAGACCAUUCCAGCGUGGGCCACGCUCUCCGCCAAUCAGAGGGCCCGGGCCCAGAAACAGACGCACGCCUCCUCUGCGUCCCGCCCCAAGAUGGACGCCAUUCUGACUGAGGCCAUAAAGGCGUGUUUCCAGAAGUCCGGCGCCUCCGUGGUGGCCAUCCGAAAAUAUAUCAUCAACAAGUACCCGUCACUGGAGCUGGAGAGGCGGGGCUUCCUGCUGAAACAAGCCCUGAAACGGGAGCUCCAGAGGGGGGCCAUCCGCCAGGUGAAGGGGAAAGGAGCGUCCGGCAGCUUCGUCGUCGUGUCAAAUUCUGGAAAAUCGGCGCCAAAAUCCCGAGACAGAAAGGUUUGUGGCCGCAGAGGCGGAUCCACAGCAGGAGACCAGAUCAACGUCAAGCUGGAGGACAUCUUACCCCUGGCGUUCACCCGGCUGUGUGAGCCCAAAGAAGCCUCGUACAGCCUCAUCAAGAAAUACGUCUCCCAGUAUUACCCCAAGCUCAAAGUGGACGUCAGGCCUCAGAUGCUGAAGAACGCUCUGCAGAGGGCCGUGGAGAAGGGGCAGCUGGAGCAGAUCACAGGAAAAGGGGCUUCCGGAACAUUCCAGCUGAAGCGGGCCGGAGAUAAGCCUCUCCUCAGUGGCGGGGGAUUCGAGGACGCCAUCUUAUCUGCCAUCACAGCCAUGAAUGAGCCCAAAACCUGCUCCACCACGGCCAUCAAGAAGUACGUCCUGGAGAACCAUCCCGGAGUCAACUCCAGCUUCCAGGGUGAGCGUGUGCUUCCUCCUCCAGUUCACCUGCUGAAGAGAACGUUGCAGAAGUGCGAGAAGAACGGCUGGAUGGAUCAGAUCUCCGGGAAAGGCUUCAGUGGCACCUAUCAGCUCAGCUUCCCGUAUUACCCAAGUCCUUACGUGCUCUUCCCAGACAAGGCGGUUAAACAGGAAGAUGACGAUGAAUCUGACAACGAAUCAGAAGAAGAGGAGGAGGAGUCUGAGGAGGAAGAAUCUGAGGAGGAGGAACCCCCUCCAAAGAGGAGGUGA